AAGAUGGCGGCGCCCAUGUAAUACGGGCGCGGUGUUGACCUUUUUUAUUCCUCCUUGUCACUUGUUCCCUGUGGUGGCAGGCGGGGCACGAGGACCAUGCUGGGCCGGACCCUCCGAGAAGUUUCUGCAGCACUGAAACAAGGCCAAAUUACUCCAAUAGAGCUCUGUCAAAAAUGUCUCUCCCUUAUCAAGAAGACGAAGUUUCUAAAUGCUUACAUUACUGUAUCAGAAGAGGUGGCCUUAAAGCAAGCUGAAGAAUCAGAGAAAAGAUACAAGAAAGGUCACUCACUUGGGGAUUUAGAUGGAAUUCCUAUUGCAGUAAAAGACAACUUUAGCACAUCAGGCAUUGAGACAACAUGCGCAUCAAACAUGCUGAAAGGUUAUGUACCACCUUAUAAUGCUACAGUAGUUCAGAGGUUAUUGGAUCAGGGAGCUGUCCUGAUGGGAAAAACUAAUUUAGAUGAGUUUGCAAUGGGAUCUGGAAGCACAGAUGGUGCCUUUGGACCAGUUAAAAACCCCUGGAGUUAUUCGAAACAAUAUAGAGAAAAGAGGAAGCAGAAGCCCCACGGUGAGAAGGAGGAUUCGAAUUGGCUUAUAACCGGAGGAAGUUCGGGUGGGAGCGCGGCGGCAGUGUCAGCCUUCACGUGCUUCGCGGCUUUAGGAUCAGAUACAGGAGGAUCGACCAGAAAUCCAGCUGCCCACUGUGGGAUUGUUGGUUUCAAACCAAGCUAUGGCUUGGUUUCUCGUCAUGGUCUCAUUCCCCUGGUGAACUCCAUGGAUGUGCCAGGAAUCUUAACCAGAUGUGUGGAUGAUGCAGCAAUUGUGUUGGGUAUGCUGGCUGGACAUGACCCCAAAGAUUCUACCACAAUACAAGAUCCUGGUAAACCAUUUAUGCUUUCCAGCUUGACAGAUGUGAGCAAACUAUGUAUAGGAAUUCCGAAGGAAUAUCUUGUACCAGAAUUAUCAAGUGAAGUGCGAUCUUUUUGGUCCAAAGCUGCUAACCUCUUUGAGUCUGAGGGGGCCAAAGUAAUUGAAGUGUCCCUGCCCCACACCAGUCAUUCAAUUGUCUGCUACCAUGUGCUGUGUACUUCAGAAGUGGCAUCAAAUAUGGCAAGAUUUGACGGGCUAGAAUAUGGUCACAGGUGUGACAUUGAUGUGUCUACUGAAGCCAUGUAUGCUGCAACCAGGCGAGAAGGGUUUAAUGAUGUGGUGAGAGGAAGAAUUCUCGCGGGAAACUUUUUCUUAUUAAAAGAAAACUAUGCAAAUUAUUUCGCCAAAGCACAGAAAGUGAGACGGCUCAUUGCUAAUGAUUUUGUGAAUGUUUUUAACUCGGGAGUGGACGUGUUGCUGACCCCCACCACCCUGAGUGAGGCGGUGCCCUAUCCGGAGUUCAUUAAAGAGGACAACAGGACGCGAAGCGCCCAGGAUGAUAUUUUUACACAGGCGGUGAAUAUGGCAGGACUGCCAGCGGUGAGUGUCCCUGUGGCCCUCUCAAACCAAGGGUUGCCAGUAGGACUACAGUUUAUUGGACGUGCAUUUUGUGACCAGCAGCUUCUUACGGUUGCCAAGUGGUUUGAAAAACAAGUACAGUUUCCUGUUAUUCAACUUCAAGAGCUAAUGGAUGAUUGCUCGUCAGUCUUUGAAAUUGAAAAGUUAGCUUCUGUUUCUCUACAACAGUAGUCAUACAUCAUGCAAAUUAAAAUAACUUAAAGAUUUCAUAUUCUAGAGAAGUCGGAUAAUCUUGCUAAAUUCCUGUAAUUUGGUUCAUUGUCAACACAGUCAUUCCUUGAACUCACUUCUUAAAAUUCUUGUGAUACAGUUAAUUAGUUAUAAAUCAUCUGUCGGCAUUUAUGAAGUACCCACUAAGUGUAAAGUACAGGAUUUCUCCAUUAACACAAGAUACAUGUUCCUGAAAAAUGAUGCAUUCUGCAAAAAUGUUCAUUAAUAAGAACAGAGCUUAGAGAAAAAGUAAGCUUGGGAUAAACCUCCCAAAACUUGUACAUUUUUGUAACCAAAGCACUGAUAAAAACUAAUUUGUACCUCCAGAGACAACCUGAACAUUCAGGCAGACAGGCAGUUGAACAUGUGGUGGAGGCUGUCUCAGGGGAUGUUAAAAAUGCACAAAAAUAAUAAAAUGGGAAUAUUUGCCUCUGA